AUGGCGGGCCUUGCACCAGCGUUUCUGCAUCUUUACUCUACAAAAGACUUUUUUACCAUUAGUUUGGUGCAAGUAUUGGCGGCGUGGACUUCUGUUGCGGUUUCAAACUUUGCUUCAACUUCUGUCUCAUUAUUAACGUGCUCAGCAGCAUCUCUGAGGUUAUUUUGUUUCGUGUUUGCCAUGUUGUGUUUUACACUUAUCCGUACAAAAUCUAGGAUGAGAUUGUCGAUAGCCCAAGUUUUGAAGCUUAUGUUUUUUGUAUUUGGAUCAGCUGCAAUUUUUCAUGUUAUUGCUGUAUUGUUUGGAGCUUCAAUCACAGAACAAACUGAGGAAACCUUCUGCUGGGCAUUAUUAAUGUCACAUUUAGUUGUCCUUCCUGCCUGUAGUCUGCUAGGAGCACAUUUGGAACUCUUUCCUAGGAUAUUUUUCAGUUCUUGGUCAGAUGGUACUCCUGAAGCAUAUUUCCAAUGUUCUAUUAUAUUCACACUGUUAGGAGCAUGGCUUGGAGCCUUUCCCAUUCCUUUGGACUGGGACAGACCCUGGCAGGUGUGGCCCAUUCCUUGUGUGAUAGGAGCACUUGUAGGUUACAUUAUAGGACUUGCAAUUUCAACGUUGACAUUUGCUUUCAGUGAGGGGCGACUGCGCCCGUGAUAAACCUACAGCGGCUUUCUUUCUUUCAAAAGAGAGCUCCAUGUGCCAGUUAAUUUGUUGACGAUGGGGGCGCAUGUGGUUAAACGAUUUGAACAAUUUGCCUCGUCAAAGAAACUAAAGACCUCUAUUAUAAAAGAUAUAUUUGUCAAACAAAUGCUGUUUGUAAAUAAAAUUCGUCUGUAAAAACCAUUUCCGCGGCCCUUUCAAGAGUGGAAAUGAACAAUAAAAAGUUAA